CCAGCCAGCCAUACAAUGUGUGUCAGUCACUGCCAUACACAGCAGAGAUGACAGAGCUGGAGGAGGAUGAAAACGAACAGUAUCCUCUCGACCCUGAAGUGAUGAACGGAUUACAGAGCAGUUCUCAGAUGAUGGUGUUACAGAAGCAGACCUGGGCUUACUGCAACACAUCUAUUAAUUAUGCUUUGGGCCACACCAGAUGCCAAUGAAUAACUGGAGGGAUUAACGAAUGCCUUAGUUUGCUUAUCUCAGGCUUCCACUGGAAUCAGCGUGGGAUUGUUCCAGUGAAAGCCUGGGUUCCCUGGACUCUGAGAGGGCUGGAUCACAGGAUUGAAGGAGAAUGGAUCCGACCUGAGAGGGCUGAACAGAGGAUGGCCGGGCAGUCCGGUCCCGUGCUCUCUGUGCCAGAUGACACCCACCACAACCUCAACCACUCCCUGUGGGGGCCCACCGUCCCGGGCACCGGGGUGGUGACCAGCUCCCAGUCCCAGCUCCAGGACCUGCUGGGCCUGUUCUGCAUGGUCACCCUGAACCUGAUCGCGCUGCUGGCCAACACGGGGGUCAUGGUGGCCAUCGCGCGGGCGCCGCACCUCAAGCGCUUCGCCCUGGUGUGCCAUCUGUGCGCGGUGGACCUGCUGUGCGCCAUCCUGCUCAUGCCCCUCGGCAUCAUCUCCAGCUCGCCCUUCUUCGGCAGCGUGGUCUUCACCGUGCUCGAGUGUCAGGUCUACAUCUUCCUCAACGUCUUCCUCGUCUGCCUGUCCGUCCUCACCAUCACGGCCAUCAGCGUGGAGCGCUACUUCUACAUCGUGCACCCCAUGCGCUACGAGGUCCGGAUGAGCAUCAACCUGGCCGUGGGCGUCAUGCUCUUCAUCUGGCUCAAGUCGGCGCUGCUGGCGCUGGUCACGCUGUUCGGCUGGCCCGCCUACGGCAACCACAGCUCCAUGGCCGCCGCCCACUGCUCGCUGCACUGGAGCCACAGCCGGCUGCGCAGGGUCUUCGCCGUGCUCUUCAGCGUGCUGUGCUUCCUGCUGCCCGCGCUGGUCAUCUUCGCCGUCUACUGCGCCGUGUACAAGGUGGCGCGCUCGGCCGCCAUGCAGCAGCUCCCCCCCGCCGCCGCCGCCGCGUCCGCCGCCACCGCCGCGCCCGCCUGGGCCAACCCGGCCAAGGGCCGCUCGGACUCGGUCGACAGCCGAACCACCAUCAUCGCCGCCGUCGCGGCCCGCCGCCUGUCCCCCGAGCGCGCCUUCGGCGGGGGCAAGGCGGCGCUCACGCUGGUGCUCAUCGUGGGCCAGUUCCUGCUCUGCUGGCUGCCCUACUUCAGCUUCCACCUGCGGACCUCGCUGAGCGCUGCCCCGCCGGGCCCCGGGGUCCUGGAGGAGGCCGUCACCUGGCUGGCCUACUCGUCGUUCGCCGUCAACCCCUUCUUCUACGGCAUGCUGAACCGGCAGAUCCGCGAGGAGCUGGUGAAGUUCCGGCGCUGCUGCCGGACGCCGCGGCUGGAGCUCACGGCCUCCAGCCACGAGGGCUCGCUGCAGGAGAACUUCCUGCAGUUCAUCCAGAGGACCAACGUCACGGCCACCACCACCGCCGCCUCCGGCUGCCUCGCCAGCAGCCCCCGGACCACGGCGGCGGGGGGGGCGGCGGCGGCGCUGCACCUCCCGGGGCAGAUCCCCGAGGAAGGGGCUUCGCCCGGGGACAGCCCGCCAGGGAGCCAGGGGGGAGACGGGUGACUUGGGAGACGGGACGGGGGAGACGGGGACAGGGGAGACGGGGACAGGGGAGACGGGUGACACCUGCGUACAGUAGGGGGUCACCUGGGUACAGUAAGGGUCACCUGGGUACAGUAAGGGUCACCUGGGUACAGUAAGGGGUCGCCUGGGUACAGUAAGGGGUCGCCUGCGUACAGUAAGGGGUCGCCUGCGUACAGUAAGGGGUCGCCUGGGUACAGUAAGGGGUCGCCUGCGUACAGUAAGGGGUCGCCUGCGUACAGUAAGGGGUCACCUGGUUUGAUGGUCGACAUGAAGCGGCGGGUUUAUCUCCAGAUCUCGGUGUUGUUUGAUGCCCACUACAGUAUCGUUGGUUGUUAUAAUGGGUCACAUGCAUAUGGCUUUAUUCUUGAUAUUCGACUUAACGUCAUAGAGUUGUAUUUUAAUGGUAAAUGUUUGAUUAAUUGGAAGAUUCUUUAUAUGUUUGUAGACGUGUGGAAAUGUGCAGAUGUUUGAUGCUAGUUUAUAACCAAAAUAACAUGAAAAUGACAGAGUAGGCGUUUUUUAAAUGACAUUGUAUUAAUGGGUGACACACUGCAAUAGGAUCCUGUUUAGAUAACAACGCCUAAAUAAAACCUAUAUUUUU